UAUGGUUAUACACUUUGCUGUACGUCGCUCUGGAUAAGAGCGUCUGCCAAAUGCCUGUAAUGUAAUGUAAUGUAAUGUUUAAGGGAGUAACUAUUGACUGCUGAUCUUCCUACAAGCUUCUGUCACAUGCUGAGAGUUAAACACUUACUCAUCCCCUCAAUGGUGCUGUCAUCAACAAGAUGUUCCACCACCCACUAUGCUUUGUAUGGAUAAAUGUUUUGUGUGCAUCAGUGAUGUUGGAUUGUAAUGCAAUACAAUGUUAGUAAGUGCCAUGCCAUGUUAUGAAGUGUGGGACUUUUAAGGACUUUAGGGUUUGGGGGUUUAUGUAUACUUUCUUUUUCUUAGGUUUUCUGGGCAGUUUUUCUAAGUGUCGUAUUAUCACUUUGAAGAUAAAAUAGUCUUUGUGGUAGUAUUUGUGGAAUUUCUGGAAAUUUUCAUUACUUCCAAAUUUCUUAUUUGCCUUCAUUGAUCAAGGACAGGACUGUUUUGAGUGUCCUAUGGGCCAAAUGCAGCCUGCCAUAGACUUGGUGUUGAUUCUUUGAAGAGAAGACAAACCAAAAGUGACCAAUUUUAAAGAUUUCUGCCACUAUAUAUUUAGGCCGUGUAUUUAAAAAAUUUAAUUAAAUUUGAAAAAAAAAAAAACCUUAGGUAGAGAAUAAUUCCAUUUCUUUCGUACAAUCACACAAAAAGAGGAGUUUUACUUAAAAAUAAUCUUACACAUGACUUUCCUCAAAAUAGCCUCCUUUGACUUUAAAUACAGUUAAAUUAUUGGAAGUCUAUCCAAACAUUAGGCAAAUGGGGGUGGGUGAGAGAUGGAGGGGUAGUUAUGCAUUAAGUCUUUUUAAACCGCAGAUAACCUAAUAGCAUUGGCCUGAAGUAUACGUAAAAUUGACACUAAAGCUGCUAGAAAUAUGGCAAAGAAGAAGGUGUUAGGCUUAGAUAUGCAAGGCCAUGUAAACAUAUUCUGGCAAGGUUAUUCCCUGCAAGAAAUUGCAAAUAAGCUUAAGAUUUUCAGAUGCAGUGUUCAGUACACACUUGGAAGGGUCCAACAGAUGGGCAGUAAUGUUAACAGGAGAAGACCAAGACAAUCAACAGGCAUUAAACAUAUAUCUUGUGGUGUCUAGCAAAAUAAACAGAAAGUCUGGAUUCGUUCUGAUCAACUUAAAACCAGUGCCUUUGCCAACCCCAAAGACACUUGAUGUAGUAUCACAGCCCAAUAUUGCAUGCCUAAAGAAGAUACAUUUGCAGGCUUUGCUACCUAGGUCUUUUUUUAGGUUGUGAAUGUUCCACACUUUCAUCUUUUUUGCAGCCUAUUUGGGCUCUGGUCUAAAGAAGAUCUUAUGGCUUUCUAGAUUUGCGUGGUGGCACAGCAGAGCCAGCAGAUCUGUAUCUUCAACAACAACAGUGUCUUGUGUUCUUGCCACCUGCACUGCUGUCUGCACUAUCAACAGGUCGGCAUCUCCAUCACUAUGAACAAUUCUGAAGCCCUCUUCCUCAAGCUUCAUCCCCAUGAGGUUAAUCAUCCUUUGUUUGUUGGCUUUAUUUGGCAAGAAAUGAUCCUACUGUAAUUUACAGGUCAUGUCUUCUGUAAAAUUGAUUGUUGGCUCCAUGUGUCCUUUGCUGUGACGUUGAUGGGUGCUGUCCGUAGUAGAUGGCCCCCCUUCAUAUCCAUCAAAUACAAUCAUGGUUGAUUGGCCAUAUUUCUUCUGUACAUAGUCUAUGUACAUCUUUGCAAUGGCACCAUAGGUUAUUCCACAAGGCCAAGGUAACCUUUGCAUGAGAGAGCCUCUGUCUAGAACAUACUGAACGUCAUGUGAGGCGCAAUUCUCAUCAAGUGUAUGUUGAGCCCACAUAGCAUCUGCAAGUGCUGGUUUGUUUGCUUUUCUCAUCAUCCCCAAUGUUGUCACAAUGCAGGAGGUUGUGCACACAAUUCAUGCUUGAAAAUUUCAUCACGAUUCUCCAUGUUUUCUGAAGUAGCAAUGUAGCGCUGGAACAAAAGCUCAGGAGCGAUUUUCACAAUCUCCCCAUCAGCUUUGAUUCCAUGCUUGGCUGCUAGGGUAACUGCCAGGUCUUUUCUCCUGAAAGUGUACUGCGCAACAUUUUCUCCUUCCAUUUUGUGCAGAAUAUUCAAACCUACAUCUUUGGCCCUGUCUACAUUGACAGAAUUAUCAGCAGUCACCCCACUAGCAAUGUUGCGGAGGGAAGGGUCUGAUGUGAAAGGGUUGCAAUUUUGUUGGUAAUUUUCAAGCUCCUCAAUGUCUUUUUGAUCCCUUUCAAUUCUUGCAUGCAUGCUUUCCUUGUGCUGUUCACUUGUAGUGAAUGCUGUACCUGUGACAUCUUGCAUGGCAUUGUUGACCUCUGCACAUGCAGGCAUUGACAGCAACCAGGUUACACGCUGCAACUCUGUCAUGCCUCUUCCCCUAGUCAGACCAUCAUUUGUCUUCAUACUUUCAUCCCUUUCCAUUAAUUGUAACAUUAGAACAUAUUAGCCACAAUUCUAUGUUUAAAAUAUUGUUUGUUUUUGUUGCCCAUGUUAUGUUAGGUGGGCACCUACCCACCCUGAGUCAAUGGGCACAACGCUACUAACACUGAUUUAAACUACAGAUUUAUACAAAUAAAUAUGUUUUCUAGGUUUCAGGUUUCAUUAUAAUACAGGAAACAUCCAAUAAACACGAUUUGAGCACAGAUUUUUCAUGUUUAAUAUGACCAGAACAAAUGAAGGAUACACAAAAAAAAACUUUUGUGUAUCAGUAAAAUGUAGUUUUCCGGUCUUUGACCUAUGCACAAAUGACGUCAAUUUUGACAGUGUUCCGCCACUUCGAUUUUCAUGGACUUUUGGUAUGUUAAAUGGGAAGGUUUCAUGAGCUGAAUACAACAAAAAUCAUUGCUGUUGCAAUUGUCCUGAGUUGGGUGAAAUUUUUUCACAGAUUGCCUAGUCUAUUAUUGUUAUAAUGAAGAUAGCAGUUCGACAAUGCAAAUAGAAACAAGUGGAUUUAGCGCUGGAAAAAAACCAGACCAGAAUAGGAACGCCCCGAUUGACACACCCUUUCGUGUCUACGCAGUCUCAGCUGACCAAUCGUAACUUGUUAUUAAAACCCCUGGCUUAGCACACUCAUUCAAAGUCACAUGAGCGAAAAAGAAUGCCAAGACCGCGGUCGCCAGCUACCCAGCAUCUUCUCUGUUCGUGAGAUCUUAGGGGGAAGUUCACGUGGCUUGCGGUCUGUCUUCUUUUAUCUUGCAUACAGUAGCGGAAAACGGACCACAGUCUGGCCUGGUGUAUUUCCGUUAGCCUACGAACUAUUUUGAAUGAAAAAGAAGUUUGAUGUGACGAUUAUGCAGCUAGGUGGCGAUGGCUCUGCAUAUUUAUGACAAGAAUGAUAGCGAACAUUAGUUAUCGGUCUUACAACUUGUGCAGAAUAGACAUGCUGCGAUGACAGUCGCUACCAGAAUUUCAGCUUGCCAUGCGUGGCAGUUUGUUGGUUUUCUGAACUAAGAUAUCAACUAGUCCAAAGAAGUUCGUCUGAAACACCUGGACGAAGCAUUUAAUUGACUGCAAAUCGAUCAACCUUUACCGAAAACUCCACGCAGGGACAGUAAUUGAAUGUGAUUUUGAAGUGAUGGCGAACGAGCGCACCGCCCUGAUUGGCCAUGGAGUAUACAGUGUACAGAAUGAAUCAGAGAUGUCCGGCUCAGGGCAGCAGGGAAAUGGCUCUGUCCACACAAGUGGUCACAGCGCCACCCCCCGCAGCCUCAACACCUUCUUCGGUGUGAUAGUACCAACCGUGCUGUCCAUGUUCAGCAUCGUACUGUUCCUCAGAACCGGGUUUGUUGUUGGGCAUGCUGGGCUACUCCAGGGACUCCUCAUGCUGGCUGUGGCCUAUUUCAUCAUCUCUCUGACAAUACUGUCCAUUUGUGCCAUCUCCACCAAUGGGGCAGUGGAGGGGGGUGGGGCUUAUUAUAUGAUCAGUCGAUCCCUGGGACCAGAGUUUGGUGGUAGCAUUGGACUAAUGUUCUACCUGGCCAAGGUUUGCGCAUGUGGAGUCUAUGUUCUGGGACUGGUGGAAGCCAUACUGAACAUUUUUGGGCGGGACCCAGGCUCCUCGGUGUCGGAGGGGAUCCGGGUCCUGCCGCAGGGCUACUGGUACACAGUGCUAUACGCGGCCGUGGUGCUGCAGCUCUGCCUGCUGGUCUGCCUGGUGGGCGCUCACAUGUACUCGCGCGCCUCCUUCCUCAUCCUGUUGGUGGUGACCGUGGCGCUGGUGUCCGUCCUGGUCAGCCCCCUGGCCGUGCGGCCUCGCGACUUCACCAUCAGCCACCAGUGUGUCGCCAACGGGACCUGCGUUUACAACACCACUUACACGGGCUUCAACUCCACCACUCUGAGAAGGAACCUUGGACCGGGAUAUUCUCUUGAUUACAGCACUAACACUGUCAUGUCCUUUGCCACUGUGUUUGCGGUCAUGUUUACCAGCUGCACAGGAAUCAUGGCUGGGGCAAACAUGUCAGGGGAACUGAAGAAUCCCAGUGUAGCAAUUCCAAAGGGCACUAUCAUUGCAGUUUUUUACACCUUCUGUGUGUAUGUGAUCCUCUUUAUCCUGGUCAGCUCCACAUGUGACAGGGUUCUGCUGAUCCAGGACUAUGGCUUCUUCCAGCGUAUCAACGUUUGGCCGCCCUUUGUCAUCAUCGGGGUGUACUGUGCCUCCCUGUCGGCUGCCAUGUGCUCCUUGAUUGGGGCCUCCCGAAUUCUGCACGCCCUUGCGCUGGACCAGCUCUUUGGAAUGCCGUUGGCACCAGCAGCCAUUACCUCCAAGUCGGGGAACCCAUGGGUGGCAGUUCUGUACACCUGGGCUCUAGUUCAGUGUGUGGUUUUUGCUGGGCAGCUGAACAUCAUUGCUGGCCUGGUCACAGUCUUCUACUUGCUGGCCUAUGCUGCUGUUGACCUGGCCUGCCUCGCACUUGAAUGGGCAUCGGCUCCCAACUUCAGGCCAACAUUCCAGUUCUUCUCCUGGCACACCUGUCUUUUGGGCAUCAUAAGCUGUUUGGUGAUGAUGUUUGUCAUCAACCCUUUCUACUCUUCUGCCAGCAUUGUGGUGCUACUGCUCCUGCUCCUCAUCCUCCACUACAGAUCCCCCACCAGCAGCUGGGGUUACAUCAGCCAAGCACUCAUCUUCCACCAGGUACGGAAAUACCUGCUGAUGCUGGACGUGCGGAAAGAGCAUGUGAAGUUCUGGCGGCCGCAGGUGUUGCUGAUGGUGGCUAACCCCCGCUCCUCCUGCCAGCUCAUCACCUUCAUCAACCAGCUGAAGAAGGGGGGGCUUUAUGUGCUGGGACACGUGCAGCUGGGAGAUCUGGAUGUCUUACCGACAGAUCCCAUCCAGGCCCACUAUACCUUCUGGCUGAGUCUGGUGGAUAAGCUGGGGGUGAAGGCCUUUGUGGACCUGACUCUGUCUCCCUCUGUCAGACAGGGAACGCAACACCUGCUGCGAAUCACAGGACUGGGAGGCAUGAAGCCCAAUACCCUGGUUUUGGGUUUCUAUGACAACUCUGUCCCGGAGGAUUACUUCCUGCAGGACCCCGUGUUCUGUCCAGGAUCUAGGGCACAGUUGAGCGGCAGGGGGGGCAACGAUUUUGGGGUGGACCUGGCCUCCCUGCAAGCCCACUUCCCCCCGGUCCGGGGCACAGAGUGCCCGCGCUGCCUUUCCGCAGAGGAGUACGUGGGCAUCAUCUCUGAUGCCAUUAAAAUGGGCAAGAACGUCUGCCUGGGGCGCUACUUCUUCCAGCUGGAGGGGGAGUGGGCGGCGCCCAAAAGCGACGGGGCGGAGUGGACCGUUGACGUGUGGCCACUCAACCUGCUCCAGCCCGAGAGCGGCGGGUACGUGGACGUCUGCAGCCUCUUCCUGCUUCAGAUGGCCUGUGUUCUCAACAUGUCCCCCAGGUGGCGACGUGCGAGGCUCCGGAUCUUCCUGUGCGUGGAGGCUGCCUUGGGGGACCAAGGCUGGAUGGUGAAGGAGGAGACCCUGCGUGACCUACUGGGGAAACUGCGAAUCCGGGCUUCCAUAAAGAUAGUGCCGUGGGAUGCCGUGGUGAAGCUGCACAGAGGGGGGCAGGAGCCAUCAACCACCGCGCCGGGGGUCGGAGAUUCGGGAGAGAUGCAACCGGACGACCGAGCAAGCCCGCCCUCCACUGCCCUGGAGAGCUUCUUGUCGGGAGUGAAUGGACUGCUUAUGGAGCACAGUGCCCAAGCUGCUGUCCGUUUCCUGUAUUUGCCCUGCCCCCCUGCCGACUCCAGCCAAUCCCAGCAGUACCUGGCUCAACUGGAGACCAUAACUCGUGACCUGGGUCCCACCCUCCUAAUCCAUGGUCUCACAAAAGUCACUUGCACUGAGCUGUGAAAAUGCUUGGCUGUGUGCACGUGUGAGAUGGAGAGAGGGAGAAAUGCAACCAAGCGGUUUAGCUUGUACUGUGUCGGUACAUUCCCCAUUAGCUGUAUACUGUACUAUUAUUGUUACACUCAGGGUUUUUCAGUUUUUUUACUAGCAAAGUAAGCUUUUAUGAUGCCACUUAUGAUAGCGUAGUUGCUAGGUUGCAAGUCAGGGUUCAUGCAGUGAACUUUUGAAUAUUAAAUGAACGUUAAAGAAUAUUUCCCUUGUGGCAUAACUACAUAUGCAAGAGGGUAAAAUAUUACUGUUUCCAGGGUCAAUGGUGAAUUAUCAAAUAAUAGAAAUGGUAAAGAAACAAAUGGUUCAGCAAAACAACAAAGCUAGUAUACACGCUAGUAAUAAGUAUCAUCAUCUAUGGAAGGCUAGCUAUUAACAUGAUUUUAUAACAAGCUGUUGUUUAAAUUAUAAAAAAAAGGAGUGAAAAAGAACCUGAUGGUUAUUUGUUGCCUAACAAACUACCAGGAAUGUGCUUCCAGGAGUGCUAUGCCAAUUUCUCUGAAGUUUCAAAGACGGUGAUGUCGGUGAUGAGUUUCUCUGCGCUUUAGUUUUUUGCUUAAUCUAAUUACCGUACAACACUGAUAAUGGUAACAAAACAAAAACAUAGACUACACUGAAAUAUCCUUUAUUUCAGAGAAAUAUAAAUUAAUUGUAAGACAUUUCUCUAUUAUUUUCAUGUAUAGUUAAAAGAAGUGUCACCCUAUAAAGCUGUGACAGUUGAUGACAUAACCUCUGAGUCAUAGAUAUAUACCCACAUACAAACAAAAUAUAAGGGCUAUGUUUCACAAGUGUAACUGAAAUUUACUUGCAGGAUGCUGAUGUUACAGGAAAAAUUCCAGAUAAAGUUACUUAUGUAAAUGUUUUUUCAGCUGUAUGUGAUGAUAUUGAAGCUAUUUUUAUGGGAAAUGUGUAGAAUGUGCUUAUGAUCACAGUGUAACCUCAGGUGCAAUGUAGUUACUGGUUGUCAUUGUGUAUCUCUGCAUAUGUUUCACUGUAUACCUUUGAGAUGACGUAACUCAUCUUCCUUAUUUAGAGGACCAGCACUUUUUACCACAGUGCCAUAACCAUGGGUCUCCUGAUCCCGUAGUUAUUUUAAAGGCUUUAAAUUCAAAGUGACUGCCUGUUUCGGGUGAUUUAGUGAUUGGGUAAAACAGGAAAUUGUGGUCCACCUGUGAGAAGGGUUAAGUUAGGUCUGGACACAGUCAAUGCCAGGAUUUGUUUUUGCACAUUGCUGUUCUGCUGAAGAUAGUCAGGCAAAAAUAAAAUGCACUGCUUCACCAGAAACGGUAAACACCUCACUGAACUUGUCAUGGCUGGACUGUAACCAUUCUGCUAUAUCUGUGAGGGAUUUUGUGUUGGAAUUUCAUUACUCUAGAUCAUGACCAAACUGCACGAACUAUCAUAUGCGCAAGUUGUCAUAUGUUAUAAAUUAUAAGUUAUACCCUACCAUGCUUUGUAUUUCCCACGAGGAAGCAUAAGCACAGUUAAACCAAUUUUUUUUUUCAAAUGAUAAUGUUGACCAAAUGGCAAUGUAUGCAGUUAUUGUCAGAAAAAUGCAGUGUUUUAUUCAUCAUGUUUUUUAAAAUAAGUGUUUUAUUUUGUUUUUAUUUACUUGCUUUUUUCUAGUUUGCAUGUGAGUUAUGAGUAAGACCUAGAUAAGUAAACUUGCUUUUUCAUUCAUAA